AUGGAGAGCUCACGAGGACCUCCGCGCGUCAAGAACAAGGCGGCCGCGCCCAUCCAGAUCAGCGCCGAACAGCUGCUUCGCGAAGCCGUCGACCGUCAAGAUGACAAGCUCAAGGCGCCGACGCAGCGCUUUGCCGACUUGGAGGAGCUGCACGAGUUCCAGGGCAGGAAGAGGAAGGAGUUUGAGGACUAUGUGCGGCGCAACAGGAUUAACAUGAACAAUUGGAUGCGCUAUGCGCAGUGGGAACUCGAACAGAAAGAGUUCAGACGUGCGCGAUCCAUCUUUGAGCGUGCGCUGGACGUCGACAGCACUGCUGUUGCACUAUGGCUGCGUUACAUCGAGGCCGAGAUGAAGCACAGAAACAUCAACCAUGCGCGAAACCUGCUGGAUCGAGCCGUCACUAUUCUGCCGCGGAUCGAUAAGCUGUGGUACAAAUAUGUCUACAUGGAGGAGACCCUCGGCAACAUUGACGGUGCUCGUUCUGUCUUUGAGCGGUGGAUGCAGUGGGAACCAGAUGAGGCGGCAUGGUCAUCGUACAUCAAGCUGGAGAAAAGGCAUGGCGAGUUCGAAAGAGCCAGGGCCAUCUACGAGCGCUUCACCGUUGUCCACCCAGAGCCGAAGAACUGGAUCAAGUGGGCAAAAUUUGAGGAGGAGAAUGGCACCAGCGAUCUUGUCCGCGAUGUUUACGGCACGGCAGUGGAAACACUCGGUGAUGAGUUCAUGGACGAGAAGCUGUUCAUGUCGUACGCGAAAUUCGAAGCAAGACUGAAAGAGCUGGAGCGCGCCCGAGCAAUCUACAAAUUCGCCUUGGAUCGGAUGCCACGAUCGAAGUCGGUGAAUCUGCACAAGGCAUUCACGCAGUUUGAGAAACAGUUCGGUGACAGGGACGGCAUCGAGGACGUCAUUCUUUCAAAGCGAAGGGUACACUACGAGGAGCAGGUCAAGGAGAACCCGAAGAACUACGACGCAUGGAUAGACUUUGCACGCCUGGAAGAGACGUCUGGAAAUACAGAUCGCGUGCGGGACGUGUACGAACGUGCGAUUGCGCAAAUACCACCAACACAAGAGAAGCGACAUUGGAGACGAUACAUAUACCUGUGGCUGUUCUACGCAGUCUUCGAAGAGACCGUGUCACGCGACGUUGAGCGAACACGGCAAAUCUACCAAGAGUGCAUACGCCUACUCCCGCACAAGCGCUUCACCUUUGCCAAAGUCUGGCUCAUGUUCGCGCAUUUCGAAGUCCGACAGAACCAGCUCACGACUGCGCGGAAGCUGCUCGGUCAGGCUAUCGGCAUGUGUCCCAAGGACAAGCUAUUCAAAGGCUACAUUGAGCUUGAGAUGAAGCUAUUUGAGUUCGGCCGGUGUCGACAGCUAUACACCAAGUACAUUGAGUGGAACGGUUCAAACUGCCAGACCUGGAUCAAGUUUGCAGAGCUGGAGCGAGGACUGGACGACCUUGAUCGUGCCCGGGCGAUCUUCGAACUCGCCGUGGACGAACCACAACUAGACAUGCCGGAACUGCUCUGGAAAGCCUAUAUCGAUUUCGAGGAAGGCGAGGGCGAGUACGACCGCACACGCGCUCUCUACGAGCGUCUCCUCCAGAAGACCGACCACGUCAAGGUCUGGACUUCCUGGGCACAAUUUGAACUCUCCGUCCCCGACGAAGGCGACGAGACCGCCGCCGAAGACGAAGACCGCCCAGUGUCCGAAGCCGCCAAAGACCGUGCCCGCGACAUCUUCACCCGCGCACACACACGUCUCAAGGAUCUCAACGCCACGACCGAUCGCGUCGCCUUGCUCACUGCCUGGCGAUCCUUCGAAGCCAUCCACGGCACCGCGGAAGACCAGGAGAAGAUUGAGAAACAGAUGCCGAGGAAGGUCAAGAAGAGAAGAAAGCUGGACGAUGGCGAGUUCGAGGAGUAUGUUGACUAUGUCUUCCCUGCGGACGACGAGAGCGCGGCCAAAUUGGCGAAACUCAUGGCGAAUGCGCAGAAGUGGAAGGCCAUGCAGGCUGCGAAGCAGGCUGGGGAGAAUGGGGAAUAG